AGUUCAGAGAUCACGAACCAAAGCCGUGCCUCACAUGGCUGGGCGACUUCUGAAAGUCUCAUCUGUGGCUACCGCAGUCUUUGCCUCAUCCGGAUUCUACCUGUACAACCAGAAAGUUGACCUCAAUGACCUCAGCAUCGUCAGAUUUGGCAGAGCGGCCACCACGACGGCUGUCAUCAGUUACGACUACCUCACUGCAUUCAGAGACGUUCAGUAUGGGACGGAGAAAUACUGGGCGCUCAGAUCUGAGGUCCACAGACGCUCAGCGGAGAGGCUCAGGGACCUGUGCUGUGCUAACCGUGGCACAUUCAUUAAGGUAGGGCAGCACCUGGGUGCCCUGGACUACCUCCUUCCUGAAGAGUACACCAGCACCCUGAAGAUCCUGCACAGUAGGGCGCCUCAGAGCAGCAUGGAGGAGAUCCAGCAGGUCAUCAGAGAAGACCUGGGCAAGGAGCUGGAGCAGCUGUUCAUCAGCUUUGAGGAGAAGCCCCAGGGGGCAGCGUCUUUAGCCCAGGUCCACAAGGCGGUUCUGCCCGACGGCAGGACAGUGGCUGUCAAAGUACAGCAUCCGAAGGUCCAGGCUCAAAGCUCCAAGGACAUUGUUGUGAUGGAGUUCCUGCUGCAGGUGGUCCACUGGCUCUUCCCUGACUUUGCGUUCAUGUGGCUGGUGGAGGAGGCUAAGAGGAACAUGCCUCUGGAGCUUGACUUCCUCAAUGAAGGCCGAAACGCUGAGAAAGUGGCCUGCAUGCUCAAGCAAUUUGACUUUCUUAAGGUACCGAAAAUCCACUGGGAUCUUUCAACCAAGCGUGUUCUGACCAUGGACUUUGAGGAGGGAGGGCAGGUCAACGAUCGAGAGUACAUGAGAACGCACGGCAUAGACGUCAAUGAGAUUUCCCGGAACUUGGGCAAAAUGUACAGCGAGAUGAUAUUUGUGAACGGCUUUGUGCAUUGUGACCCCCACCCCGGUAACGUGCUGGUGAGAAAGUGCCCGAAAAGCAAUAAGACGGAAAUUGUUUUACUCGAUCACGGCUUGUAUCAGGUGCUGAACCAGGACUUCCGCAUGGACUACUGCAGACUGUGGCAGAGUCUGAUAAAAGGGGACAUGAAGGGCAUAGAACGGUACAGCAGGCGUCUGGGGGCUGGAGACCUGUACCCGCUGUUUGCCUGCGUCUUAACUGCCCGCUCCUGGACCUCGGUCAGCACUGGAAUCAGCCAGACUCCUGUCACUCACACUGAGGACGUUGAAAUUCGUACGAACGCAGCACUGUAUCUCCCCCAGAUCAGUGAUCUGUUGAACAGAGUGCCCCGGCAGAUGCUGCUGCUGCUGAAGACCAACGACCUGCUGCGGGGCAUCGAGACCGUCCUGCAGACCCGCGCCAGCUCCAGCUCCUUCCUCAACAUGUCCCGCUGCUGCACACACGCUAUCGCCAGUCAUAAAAGAAGCAAGACCAAGUCGAGGACCAGGCGCCUGAAGAUUUCUUUAGCGGAGACUGUUUCUCUAUGGCAGAUCGGCCUUUUUGAGCUCAUGUUGUGGAUCCGGAGCUCAGUGUUGGCCCGCUGGAUCUGCUCCAUGCUCAGCUUCUUGCCCUACACACACUGAGUGACCCAGACGAGGACCAGUCCACUGCCUGUCUGCCUCUCAUACAUACAGACUGUACCAGUAGCUUGGGUAAGGAUGGAUGGAUGGAGAGAUAAUAUUACAGGAGAACCGUUCUUCUACCAUGUGAUGUGGGGUCAACUGCUCAUUGCUGUAUAUCAUUCACAAUAACUGUACGUCAGUAGUUUGAAUGAGCAUAAUCAGUAGCUCAAUGAGUUUUUACUGUGAAUAACUGUGGUCACAACAUAAAAUGUAGUAUAUUUGAUACAGAUCAUGAAGGGGGCAGCAUAAGGAUGACCAGAUAUGAUGAUUACAACAUGGGGCAUCUUCUUCUAGCAUGUUUACUCUCAUAGUGUCUGAGACGCACAAGAUUUAUAGUACUGUAUGUGUGCUUAUGUGCAUUUUUUCAGGAGUGUCAAAUAGUGUUUUUUUUGUGUGUGUGUGGUGUAAAUGAGGACAUAGAUGUGGACACCCACUGACUUGUGGCAGGAUCUGUGGGGGAAACACUUCCAUUCACAUUCCUUCAUCCUUCUGUCUUCAUUCUUCUUUCCACUGCACUGCCUUUUACAAACCACAGCACAGCAGUUUAAGCCCAUCAGUGGGAUCCUUCACACCUCAAAAUAAAGGUGCCAAACAGGGCUCUUUGAAGCGAUGCCACAGAAGAACGUCUUCUGUUUUCCUAAAGGCCAUUUCAGUGGACGGUUCUUUAAAUAACUGUGUUUUGAAAGUGGAAAUGAACCUUUUCAAAAAGCCCAUAUCCUACAUUUUUCUUUGAGGUCCACUUAUAAUGUUUGGGUGACUUUGUUUUGUACCACAAACAGCCAUAAUUAAAUUACAUGACCACAUGACCAUUUCCAUCCUCUCUAUAUCCCUUAGAAUUAAACAGGCUGGUUUUGUUACUGUCAUUUUAAGAAUGAUAUAUGUAAAUGAGCUCUGGUCUGAUUGGCUGCCCUGUAU